AUGGAUCGUCCCAAGCUCAGCAUCCUCAUGGUCAUCUACCUCCCCCGCCGCCCCUUCGUCCUGGAGAACACCCUGCCCACCUUCUUCGGCCUGUACCCGGCGCUGCACAGGAUUCUGGCCACCGAGCGCGUCGGCGUCCUGCACGCCCACCAGGCCUUCAGCACCAUGGCACACGAGGCCGUGAUGGCCGCGCGCUGCGCAGGCUGCGCCACCGUGUUCACCGACCACUCCCUGUUCGGUUUUGCGGACCUGGGCUCCAUCGCGCUGAACAAGGCCAUGAAGCACAGCCUUGCGGAUGUGUCUGCCGCCAUCUGCGUGUCCCACACCAGCAAGGAGAACACGGUGCUGAGGGCCUGCCUGCCCCCCAGCCUCGUCUCUGUCAUCCCCAACGCCGUGGACGCCGCGCUGUACACUCCCGACCUUGGCCAGCGGCAGCCGGGACGCAUCACCGUCGUGGCGCUCAGCCGCAUGGUCUACAGGAAGGGCAUCGACCUGCUGGCCGGAAUCCUCCCCCGCUUCCUGGCACGCCACCCCAAAGUCGACUUCAUCAUUGGUGGAGACGGCCCGAAGCUGCCGGGCUUGAGACGGGCAGUGUCGGAGGCGGGCUUGGGGCCGCGGGUCGAGUUUCUGGGUCACGUGAAACCCGAGGCAGUGCGCUCCGUGCUUGUGCGAGGCCACCUCUUCCUGAACUGCUCCCUCACGGAAGCCUUCUGCAUGGCCAUCGUGGAAGCUGCGGCUGCAGGCCUGCUGGUGGUCUCGACGAGGGUCGGAGGCGUGCCCGAGGUGCUCCCCUCUGACAUCCUGCUGCUCGCAGAGCCCUCCUGCGACGGCAUCCUGGAGGCACUGGAAACCGCCCUGGUCACCCUGCCCACCAUUGAUCCCUGGAGGCAGCACCAAGCGGUUCGAGAGAUGUACAGCUGGCGAAGCGUGACCCAGCGGACAGAGGAUGUCUACUACAGGGCAGUGCAGCACUGA